CAAAGGACAAAAAAAACUUGGCGAGGUCGCAAGGAAAUAAAACAGUCUCCACACCACCUCUUUCGCAUCAGGUAAUGAGAUUAGGAGCAUUGGGCGCAACAUCAUGGAUGACCUUUAUGACGAGUUCGGAAACUACAUCGGCGAAGCGGUAGAUACGGACGAGGAAUCGCAGAAUGAGGAGGUCAAAGCACAGGGUUUCGAUUUUGACGAGGCUUUUGGAGAGGAUGAAGACCAAGGUGUAAACGACCAGCAGCUUAUGGAGGUGGACGAGGGGCCUUCCAACGCCGUUAUCCUUCACGAAGAUAAACAAUAUUACCCAAGCGCGCAGCAGGUCUACGGAGCGGAUGUCGAAACCAUCGUACAAGAGGAAGACACACAAUCAUUGUCUGAACCCAUAAUCGCCCCGGUUCAACAGAAAAAAUUCGCCAUUGAGGAAGCGGAGCUUCCAGCUGUCUACUUCUCACGAGAAUUCAUGACGGACUUGCUCAGCUUUCCUGAACAGAUCAGGAAUAUUGCUCUCGUCGGUCAUUUGCACCAUGGGAAAACCGCGUUCAUGGACAUGCUCGUCACGCAAACACACGAUCUAUCCGAGCGCCUUAACAAAAGGGCAGGUCGACGAAAGGAAGAGCAGCUUCGUUAUACCGAUGUCCACUUUUUAGAAAAAGAGCGUGGCCUCUCGAUCAAGUCGGCACCUAUGAGUUUAGUUCUUCAGGGGACCAAGGGUAAAUCCCAUCUGGUGAACAUCAUCGACACACCUGGUCAUGUGGAUUUUGUGGACGAAGUCGCUGCCUCGUGUAGGUUGGCCGACGGCGUGGUGCUAGUGGUUGACGUCGUUGAAGGCGUACAGGCAAAUACCGAGCAGAUAAUCAAACAUGCUGUGCUAGAGGACCUGCCUCUGACUUUGGUGAUCAACAAAAUGGAUAGAUUGAUCUUGGAGCUGAAGAUCCCUCCUAAUGAUGCUUAUUUCAAGCUGAAGCACGUUAUUGAAGAGGUCAAUACAGUUAUCGAGAACGUUCUGCCUGGACAAGGCGAGAAAAGACGACUGAGUCCGGAGAAGGGCAACGUUGCUUUCGCCUGCGCCUCCAUGGGCUGGUGCUUCUCACUCCAAUCAUUCGCCAAGAUGUACGCUGAUUCCUAUCCGGGGAUUGCGGCUUCUGAUUUCGCCUUACGCCUGUGGGGCGAUAUAUUUUUCAAUCCUCAAAGUCGCAAAUUCACGCGGAAAGGAGUGGAAGAGAACGCGCAGCGAACAUUUGUCAAGUUUGUUCUCGAACCAAUCUACAAAAUCUACUCCCACACGAUAAGCGAGAGCCCGGAAGACUUGAAAGAGACCCUCGCCAAUAUCGGAAUCAACUUGAAACCCUCGCAACUGAAAUCUGAUGCGAAGGUUUUACUCAACCUUGUCUGUGAACAGUUCUUUGGCCCAGCCAAUGGAUUUGUUGACAUGAUAGUCGGGCACAUUCCCUCUCCGGUCGAAGGGUCUCAGAAGAUGUUGGAACGAUACUACACCGGCCCUCUCGAUACCGAGGUAGCGGCCGCAAUGAAAGCUUGCGACUCCGAUGGCCCGCUUAUCGUCCAUAUUACCAAGCUCUUCUCUACUGUUGAUGCUUCCGGUUUCAACGCGUUUGGGCGGAUAAUGAGCGGGACAGCCAGACCUGGCCAGCAGGUUCGAGUGCUCGGUGAGGGCUAUACUCCCGAAGACGAAGAAGACAUGGUGACGGCGACAAUUGCCGAUACGUGGAUCGCUGAAACAUGCUACAACAUCCCGACGAAUGGCGUUCCCGCGGGAAAUAUGGUCCUCCUGGGUGGGGUGGACAAUUCCAUAGUGAAGACUGCUACGCUGGUACCCUUGAAGUUAAAGAACGACGAGGAAGCCCAUAUCUUCAAGCCGAUUCGCCAAAUGACCGAGUCCGUGUUCAAGGUCGCCGUUGAACCGGUAAACCCGUCGGAACUGCCUAAAAUGCUCGACGGCCUGCGGAAAAUCAACAAGAGCUAUCCGCUCGUCUCCACCAAGGUCGAAGAAUCCGGUGAGCAUGUCAUCCUGGGAACAGGCGAGCUCUACAUGGAUUGCGUCAUGCACGAUCUACGAAAGCUUUACUCCGAGAUGGAAAUCAAGGUCUCGGACCCUGUGACUCGAUUUUGCGAGACUGUCGUCGAGACCUCCGCCAUUAUGUGCUACUCAAUAACGCCUAACAAGAAGAACAAGGUCACCAUGAUUGCGGAGCCGUUAGACGAUGGCAUUGCCGAGGAUAUCGAGAGUGGAAAAGUCAGCAUCAAAGACCCAAUCCGCAAAGUUGCGAAAUUUUUUGAAGAGAAGUAUGAUUGGGACAAACUCGCUGCGCGGAGUGUCUGGGCUUUUGGCCCUGAUGAGAUGGGCCCGAACAUACUGCAGGAUGAUACUCUGCCGUCGCAGGUUGACAAGAAACUCCUUGGCACCGUCAGAGAUUCGAUUACGCAGGGCUUUAGCUGGGGUACUAGGGAAGGACCCCUUUGUGAGGAGCCCAUCCGAAACACCAAAUUCCGACUUACGGACGUUUCGCUCGCCGACCAAGCCAUCUACCGAGGAGGUGGCCAAAUCAUCCCAACCACUCGACGAGCGGUUUACUCCUCAUUCCUCAUGGCUUCUCCUCGCCUGAUGGAGCCAAUCUAUUCUUGUGCGAUGACAGGGCCUGCGGAUGCAGUCGCGUCAGUAUACACGGUUCUCUCACGCAGAAGAGGCCACGUCCUGUCCGAUGGACCGAUCGCCGGAACGCCACUGUACUCGGUGCGUGGGUUGAUUCCAGUCAUCGAUUCGUUUGGUUUUGAGACGGAUCUUCGAAUCCACACCCAAGGUCAGGCUGCCGUCAGCCUGGCUUUCGAUAAAUGGAGUGUCGUGCCAGGAGACCCAUUGGACAGAGAAGUGAAAACCAAGCCCCUCGAGAUGGCGCCGGCAGUGGCGACGGCGCGGGACUUUGUAUUAAAAACACGGAGACGAAAGGGUUUGGCAGAGGAUGUCACAGUAAGCAAAUUUCUCGAGCCGGAGUUGUGGAAGGGCCUUAGAGAGAGUGGCGUCUUGGAUUCGUGACGCGCUGGUACAAUAUGACAAGGCGGCGUUUUUUAUUUUAGCUGCAACCAUUAGACUCCAAUCCAGUAGUCCU